AUGCAGACUUUAGCACUACGGUGCUCUUCCAAGUCUGAUUUUUUUGAAGCCAAGACUCAUAAGGGUAUUUCUAUUGAGAACGACAUGAGUGAGGAGCGGUUGGGUGAUGCCGGUGGAGCGGACAGCGCUGAGACCUACAGCGACAAAGACACAGACCAAAGGAGCUCCCCGGACAUGAACAAAGCCAAAUCCUGCUUCACCCCCGAGAGCCCAGAGAUCGUUUCCGUGGACGAAGUUGGCUACGCGGUGCAGAAAAACGGCGGAAGCGCCGAGAGCCGCUCAGAGAGCCCCAAGUACCACCCGGAGCAGAACCACCUCCUCAUAGAAGGUCCGUCCGGGACAGUUUCCUUGCCUUUCAGCUUGAAAGCCAACAGGCCUCCACUUGAGGUGCUGAAGAAGAUCUUCCCGACCCAAAAGCCGGCCGUGCUCGAGCUGAUCCUCAAGGGCUGUGGUGGUGACCUGGUGAGCGCCGUCGAGGUGCUGCUGUCCAGCCGCUCUUCAGGAGCCAGCGGGGAGAGAAGCGCCGCAGAGCCCGACGGCCUCGUUUUGCCUCCCAACGGGCACCUUUUCGAGCACACGCUGAGCUCCUACCCCAUCUCCUCCUCCAAGUGGUCUGCCAGGAACCAGUCCAGCCCCUUCUUGCCCAACGACGUGACCCUGUGGAACACCAUGACGCUGCAGCAGCAGUACCAGCUGCGCUCGCAGUACGUCAGCCCCUUCUCCAGCAAUUCCACCAGCGUCUUCCGGAGCUCGCCUGUCCUCCCCUCGCGCUCUGCGGAGGACCCCAGGAUCUCCAUCCCCGAUGACGGAUGCCCCAUCGUGGCUAAGCAACCUAUUUACACAGAAGAUGAGUACGAUGAAAGGUCCGACUCCUCCGACUCAAGAAUACUCAACACAUCUUCCUAG